AUGAGCGAGUCGAUCAGCCGGCGCCAGCAGGAGUACCACACGGCAUUCGCCCAGCAUAUCCCCAUCAUCCAGGCAACCCACCGGCAGGCCAUCGACCAGCUGCUGCCCCAGCUGACCACCACCCUCGCCCUCAGCCCCACAGACAGCCUGCUGCUCAGCCGCUUCCUCGGCGACCACCUCAACACCUUCCGCUUCCUCCACAGGCACCGCUUCGACCCAAAGCUAACACUCGACGCCCUCGCAGCCGCCGCCACAUGGAGACUCACCCACAACAUCGACCAGCUCGCACCCAGCCAGCUCGAGCCCAUCUACCUCAGAAACCCACUCAUGUUCUUCCACCCCCAGCUCACCGACCGCUGGGGCAGGACCACCGCCAUCCUCAACCUCAGGCACCUCACCAGGACCGAGGACGGCAGCCUGGAGGGACUCAAAGAAUUCAUCGCCUGGAACUGCGAACUCGCCCGGAGAUCGAUCUACGAGCCCCACCGCGAAUCGAUCAACCAGAUCGUUUCCUCACCCUCUCCUCCAAACGCACUACCAAGCAGCCUCCAGAUCAGCUUGAUCGUCGACCUCAAGGGGGCAUCCAUCAACAACCUCGAAGUCGAACUGUUGCCCUACCUGAUCCAUCUCGUCAAAGAUAACUUCCCAGACAUGCUUGGAGCAGUCUUCAUCCUCAACUACGGCUGGAUGUAUGCGGGCAUGUGGCAGGUCGUAAAGCGGAUCCUGAGCCAGUCCACACUCGACCGGAUCCUGUUCCCAUCGCAGACAGAACUGCUCGAAUUCUUCGACAGGGCCAACCUGCUGCAAGAGCACGGCGGCCUCGUCGUCCACCAAUACGACCCGCAGCACGACCCCUUCAUCAGCCGCUUCGGCAAGCCAACCCCGCCCAGCAUCCUCGCCGACCUCGCCCCCGAACUCGGCCAGAGCCACCACCACCCCGAGUCCUCCCUCUCCCGCCAGCCCAGCCUCGAAUCCAUCCACGACAUCUUCUUCUCCACCGUCAACACGCCCCACCCUCAACAGCUCUCCCACCCAAGCACUCCCAACCGGGCCUCUGGCACGUUCACUCAUUCGCAUCGAAGGCCCAGCUGGCUCAACAUGACCAACUACCACCACCCACCCGCCGAGCAGCUCUCCUCCGCCGCCUCCUUCUCCGACGCCCUCCAGCGUAACAGGUCCAAGUCCUCAACCCGCACCUGGCUCCAUUCCGCCGCCUCGGCCACCCCCAACUUCGCCCUCAAACUGCCCUUCCGCACCCACGACGAACACGACGAAGACGCGAGCGAGCCGCACUCAGCCUCCUCCUCCCCCUCCCCCUCCCCCUCCCCCUCCGCAUCCGAGUCCCUCUCGACCGAAACACCCCGGCGCCGCCGGCUCGCCACCGUCCCCGACCCACAUCCCCCACAUGUUGCGGCCGAGGAGGAGGACGAGCAGCAGAAGGACCGGCCGAUCGUCCGGUUCAAGAAACGCAAGCGCGACUAUUUCUGCAUCAAGCUGUUGAUCAAGUUCGGCUACUUCUUGCGCACGCUGCAGAUGCUGUUCAAGCUGCUGACCGCCAAGCUGUUCGCGCCCCUGCCCGCCUCCCGCCCCCGUCUCCACCCGCAGCACCCCCCUCAAGACGCACUCGCCAGACGCAAGAUCAUCAGCAGCCUCGGAUGUCUCUUCCUCCUCCUCUUCUUCUUCCUCAAAAAGAAAAAAUCCCAUCUGCUCUAA